AUGCACAAGAUUGUUGCCUCGUCAAAGCCAGACCUGAAAGAAGACGGGCUGAACGACCGCACGUUGACUGAAAACACGUCCGCGGACGGGCCUGGUAUCGACGUACAAGGAGAGAGCACCGGUAGGGAACCUGCAGACGGUGAAGGAGAGCGGUUCGUCGAGCAAGAAGAAGCAGCCUGGGCCGAUGUUUCAAUCUUUGGGCAUGUCGAUGAUGGGAGAGGAGAGGAGGGGGGCGAUGACUGA